CUCGAGCGCUUAUCCUGCAUGUCCCUUGCCGAACCUUGUGAUCGGUAUAACAAAUGCAGAAUUACAAAAAUUUCCGCUUUGGAAUUAGCCUUACCGUUGAUGACCAUUACACAUCGACAGCUGAAGAGUACCUAGGUACGCAGCGUAAAUGUCGGAUUUAAGGUCAUGAUGUGGGGCAGCACAGACGACAGUGCAUCCAGUCCAGGAAGUGGCAUCACUGAGACACGAGAAAGAACACCCGAAGAACUCUAUUUGCCUCCUCUGUCCAAUCAGAGAAGCUGGAAUGUUAAGUUUCUCAAGGCCGUUCACACGUACCUGGAGCUCCCAAACGACGAUGCAAGUGUCGGGACUUCGGCGGAGUUAGAGAGUGGUAUGGAUAGUCUUCAGUAAGUGAGGGGUGGCUUUGGUUCGCCUAUGAGAUCAUGAAAUUCCUCAACUGACACCAAAUUCCCAUACAAACGUAUCUCGUCUCAACAUAUUCAUCUAUCAAUAUGGCAUUUGCAGCCCCACCACCACCAAAAACAGCCCUUGGCUACUAUCGGAUGCUCUCGCCAACUGCUUCGAUUCGUGUUAGCCCAUUGUGCCUCGGGGCCAUGAACUUUGGAGACGCCUGGAAAGAUUUCAUGGGGGAGUGCGAUCAAAAGACCUCCGAGGAGAUUCUGGAUUUCUUCUACGAGUCUGGAGGAAACUUUAUCGACACUGCCAAUAAUUAUCAGAAAGAGGAGUCGGAGAUGUGGAUCGGAGAGUGGAUGAAGAAGCGAGGCAAUAGAGACCAACUGGUUAUUGCUACCAAGUUCACGACUUGCUUUAGAACCGGUUAUGGUGGUGGAAAGGAGAUCAUCGUCAACACUGCUGGGAACGGAACCAAGUCACUGCACUUAUCCGUCGAAGCUAGCUUGAAGAAGUUGCAGACAAGUUACAUCGAUCUUCUCUAUGUUCACUGGUGGGAUUUCACUUGCUCUAUCCCCGAGCUUAUGCAAUCUUUGAACCAUCUCGUCGCUGCGGGCAAAGUCCUCUAUCUUGGAAUCUCAGAUACCCCAGCGUGGAUUGUUUCCAAAGCCAACGAGUACGCCCGUCAGAACCAUCUCCGUCAAUUCUCCGUCUAUCAGGGACGUUGGAGUGCAGAGCACCGUGACUUCGAGCGCGAUAUCAUUCCCAUGUGUCGUGACGAAGGUAUGGGUUUGGCUCCAUGGGGAGCCCUCGGAGGCGGGAACUUCAAGUCCGAUGAUCAGCGCAAGAGCCAGGAGGGUCGUAAGAUGGGACAGGCGAGUGAGGCUGCCAUUAAAAUCAGCAGAGUACUUGAGAAGAUCGCCACUGCCAAGAAGACGCAAAUCACGAGUGUCGCUUUGGCCUAUGUGAUGCAGAAGACGCCAUAUGUCUUUCCCAUUAUCGGGGGACGCAAAAUUGAUCACCUGAAGGGUAAUAUUGAAGGGUUGAGUUUGACAUUGACAGAAGAAGAUAUCAAUGCUAUCGAGGAAGCAAAUGCGUUCGAUAUUGGCUUCCCACACAACUUCUUGGGUGGACCAAAGGGUGUCCACAGCCCUAGUGAUGUCUGGUUGAUGUCACACGCUGGGCAGCAACAACACGUUGAGUGGCAGAAGCCCAUCGCCCCUGUCACGAAGGAAUAGAAAUUAGCUAUUGCACAUGAAGAUGAGAAUGAACCGUACACAUUAUAUGCAAGCUGGUAGUGAAUUCAAUUUGAAAUGCACGAGAUUUCUCACUCUUUUUUCUGUCCCUUUCUUCUCUUUCAU